GAAAAGACAGCUCACCCUUACCACCUCGACAUGCACCUUCUUCCACUCUUCACAGCCUUCGGGCUAGCUCUUGCAGAGACUGGCAUAGAUGGCUGGUUACGAUACGCUCCAUUGCCAUCUUCAAUAUCAUGGCCGUCAGUGCCGAAGCACAUCGUUGUGCUCAACACCACCAAGACGAGUCCUGUCUACACCGCAGGUCAAGAGCUACAGCGCGGUAUUCAGAGCAUCCUUGGUCAAGGCUGCCGCUUCUCGAGCAAAGUUCCUGAUGAAUCCAUCAUCGUGGGCACACUUGACGCAUAUGUUGCUGCUUAUGGCAAUCUCAGCCAACCCGUGAAUCUCAAAGAAGACGGGUUCUGGCUGAGCACCGAAAACAACACCGUUCAGAUUAUCGGACAGAAUGAAAGAGGCGCACUCUAUGGCGCGUUCGAGUACUUGUCCAUGCUGGCUCAAGCAAACUUCUCGUCUGUUGCAUAUCAAUCAUCUCCAGAUGCAAACAUACGAUGGGUCAAUCAGUGGGACAAUUUGGACGGCAGUAUCGAGCGCGGCUACGGCGGAGCAUCGAUUUUCUUCGCAAACGGCACAAUCGUUAGUGAUUUAACCCGCGUGGCUGAGUAUGCACGUCUUCUGGCUUCAGUAGGAAUCAACGCUAUUGUUGUCAACAACGUCAACGCCAAUGCAACCAUCCUAUCACCCCAUAACAUUGAUGGCCUCGGAAGGAUCGCCGAUACCAUGCGACCUUAUGGUGUGCAGAUUGGUCUCUCACUCUACUUUGCCUCUCCCACGUCUGCAAUCCAAGGUCAAGUCAAUCUUACCACGUUCGAUCCUCUGGAUCCUGGAGUAGUCAACUGGUGGGGGAAUGUCACGGAUCAGAUCUAUGGGCGCAUUCCAGAUAUGGCUGGUUAUCUUGUCAAGGCCAAUUCAGAGGGCCAACCUGGUCCUUUGACAUACAAUCGCACUCUUGCGGAAGGAGCAAACCUGUUUGCCAAGGCUCUACAACCACAUGGUGGUAUUGUGAUGUUCCGCGCCUUUGUCUACAAUCAGCUCAAUGAGAGUGUAUGGACAGCAGAUCGAGCAAACGCCGCAGUCGACUUCUUUAAACCUCUGGACGGCAAAUUUGACGAUAACGUCGUCGUACAGAUCAAGUACGGACCUAUUGACUUCCAAGUCAGAGAGCCUGCAUCGCCAUUGUUUGCGAAUCUGUAUCAUACAAGCACGGCGAUUGAGCUGCAGGUCUCGCAAGAGUAUCUGGGUCAGCAGACUCAUUUGGUGUAUCUGCCACCUUUGUGGGAUACAGUGUUGGGCUUUGAUAUGCGAGUCGACAAUCAGACAUCACUUGUCCGUGAUAUCAUCGCCGGAAGAACAUUUAAUCGAUCUCUAGGUGGAUAUGCUGCUGUCGUAAACGUCGGUACCAACCAAACGUGGCUGGGAAGCCACCUUUCGAUGGCAAACUUCUACUCGUAUGGUCGACUUGCCUGGAACCCUGCCGAAGACACUACGAAGAUUCACGAAGACUGGACGCGAUUGACCUUUGGUCUCAAUCAGAACGUCGUCGACACAAUUACUCAUAUGGCACUGGAGUCCUGGCCUGCAUAUGAGAACUACAGCGGCAAUCUCGGUAUCCAGACUUUGACCGAUAUCCUAUACACCCAUUUCGGCCCAAAUCCGCAGUCGCAAGACAACAACGGCUGGGGUCAGUGGACACGAGUCGAUCACAAUACCAUUGGCAUGGACAGAACAGUAUCCAAUGGCACCGGGUUCUCAGGAACCUACCCUCCAGAAGUCGCAGUAAUGUACGAGAACAUCGAAACCACACCAGAUAAUCUGCUUCUGUGGUUCCACCACGUCAACUAUACCCAAAAGCUCAAAUCUGGCGAGACGGUGAUACAACACUUCUACAAUGCGCACUAUGCAGGUGCAGAGACAGCGCAGACAUUUGCUCAGCAGUGGCAGACUCUGGCUGCCGACAUUGACACCCAACGAUUCAAUGAACAGUUGUAUCGCUUGAACUUCCAAGCUGGCCACUCGAUAGUUUGGAGAGAUGCCAUUGUAAACUUCUAUCACAACGUCUCUGGUAUAGCUGAUGAACUGAAUCGCGUCGGCAACCAUCCAUACCGCAUCGAAGCCGAAAGCAUGACGCUCAAUGGCUAUAAACCAUAUGUCGUGAGUCCAUUCGAAACAGCCUCGAAUUACCAUGCUGUGGUCCUUAGCGACAACAGCACUACUGGCUCUGUAUCCACGACUCUACACUUCCCUUCUGGCACCUAUGAUGUAGGCGUCAACUACUACGACUUGUAUGGUGGAGAGUCAAAGUAUGAGAUGUUGAUUGACAACAAGACUGUUGCCAAGUGGGCUGGGGACAGCGAAGACUAUCUCGGGCACACGCCUUCUAUCUACCUGGAUGGACAUUCGGCGAGAAGAAUGACGUUCAAAGACAUUGCUGUGAAGGCAGGCGAUAUGCUCGAGAUUGUCGGUACGCCGGAUGGCGUCGAACCAGCGCCUCUCGACUACGUUGUCUUUUUGCCUGAGGGGUUCUUGAUUGAUGAGCUGAUUGAUUUGUUGAUUGAUGAGUUGAUUGACGAGUUGAUUGAUGAGGAUAGCGAGUCUUGA